ACGACAUCGACUUUCCAACAGCCCCGUGCCACGCCAGGUUAAGCCAUCGCCUAAAAGCAUGACCCAAAACAGGAGCUCGGUGCCGGGGUGUCUGACCGGAGGCAGCCCCUCCAACAGCACCAGGAGCCAGGCGGAGGUGUCCGUCAUAGCCUCCGUGGUCUCCAUGUCGGUGGGCAUCCUCUCCAACACGCUGGCCCUCUUCAUCCUGGUCAAGGCUUACCAGCGCUUCCGCCUCAAGUCCAAGGCCUGCUUCUUGCUCUUUGCCAGCGGCCUGGUGAUCACCGACUGCCUGGGGCACCUCAUCAACGGCUCCCUGGUCUUCUACGUCUACAGCUACCACAAGGACUGGGAGGCCUUCGACCCCAAGCGCAUCCUGUGCGGCGUCUUCGGAGCCUCCAUGGUGUUCUUCGGGCUGAGUCCCCUGCUCCUCGGCGGGGUGAUGGCCGUGGAGCGCUACCUGGGCGUCCGGCACCCCUUCUUCCACUCCGCCGUGAUCGCGUCGCGCCACACCAAGACGCUCAUGGGCUCCACGUGGCUGCUGGCGCUGCUGGUGGCCCUGAUGCCCAUCCUGCUGUGCCGCCCGUACCAGGUGCAGUGCUCCCGCAGCUGGUGCUUCUUCCGACUGGUGGGAGCGGCGCGGGACUGGCGCGACGCCCUCUCGCCCGUGCUCUUCGCCACGCUGGGCCUGCUGGCGCUGUUGGUGUCCAUCGUGUGCAACACCAUGACCGGUUUGGCCCUGCUGAAGUCCUCCAGGCAGCGCAGCCAGCGUGAGAGGCCCCGUCAUCACCGCCACCACAGGAGCUCGGCACACCACUCAGAGAUGAUACUGCAGCUACUGGUCAUUAUGGUCGUGUCCUGUGUCUGCUGGGGACCAUUUCUGAUCAACGUCAUCAUCCUCAGCGUCAAUGACCACGACCAGCGAGCCUACACCCGCAUGCUCCUCACGGUGCGUAUGGCCACUUGGAAUCAGAUCCUGGACCCGUGGGUCUACAUCCUCCUGCGCAAGGCCGUCCUGAGGAAGCUCUUCCUCUUCAGCCACCACUGUUUCGGCUCAGAGUCAGAGCAGCUGUACCCCUGGAGGUGCGGGACUCUGAUGAGGUCUACAGAGAUCAGCUCAUCGGCCAUCAGCAGACCUGGCUCAUUUGGCCCAGCAGGGGGCGCCAUAGCUGUGCCACACAAUGCACCUGCACAGCUUGCUGCCGUUGUCAAGUCUGACAACAAGGUGCAUGAGGCAGACUUGGUGUUGACAUUUACAAAAUAAUUAAUGUCCUUAUGUGUUGCGAC